AUGAUCAAGUAUUACAACUACGUACUGCAGAUUCUGAUCCUCCUCUUGUCGCUGCAGUCGUCGGAAUGUCGACACCAUGGGCAUGGCCAAGGCAGGGCAGCUCGGGCAAAGAAGGAUCGCAAUUAUAACGGGCUUGGACGGAUUAUUGGCGGCACUGCGGCAGAUCCGAACGAGUCACCGUACCAAGUGUCUAUACAAUACGAUUCGGAUCAUAUAUGUGGCGGAGCUAUUUUAGCUCCGACUUGGGUGGUUACUGCGGGACAUUGUAUUAUGGGGGGCAUCACCGUUCUGGUGGGCGUAUAUGACCUUAAAGUGGUCAAUGAAGAGUUUCGGUAUGAAGUAGAGGAGAUGUUUCAGCACUGCAGCUAUCUAGACGCAGAAAUGAAUCACGAUAUUGGAAUGAUAAGGACAAAGAAACGUAUAAGUUUUAAUGAAAAGGUUGCAAUGAUUCAACUCGAAACAGAGGAAUUGGAACCGUACGCAGAGCUACGACUAACGGGAUGGGGGGCCACUAAAUAUGAGCGUAAACCAUCAGGCACAAACUCCCAGGACAUCGAUAUUGAAUACCCCACAAUAAAGCAGGCAAUGACAUUUAAGUUUUGGCCACGCGGAAGAUGCCUGGAAAAGUGGGAGCCAAAGCUUGGUGUGGACGAGGAUGGAUUAUGCGCUUACAAUUCAAUAGGGCAUGGAGCAUGUGUUGGCGAUUCCGGAAGCCCUCUGACACACAAAGGAAAAAUUGUAGGCCUUGCCAGCUAUGUGUCAGCCUGCGCUCGUGGCCUUCCCGAUGUUUUCGUGAGCACGUUCAUCUAUCAUGAUUUCAUACGCACAGUAAUGAACGACUGCCCAAGAAGACAGAUGGAUGGCGAUUCAAAAGCACACAACGAUAAGAUAACAAAACCUAUAAAAAUACCCAAACUAAAACUACGAUGCGCCAGAUCACAUUCUGGGCGCUGCAGAAAAGCAAGGCGGACUAAAAACUAACACAAUUAGCAAAUUACGUUAAGGUUUUGUGAAAUGGUGCAUCAAAUAAAUACAUAUUAGGAUUUCUAUCACUGCUAUACGUGUAUAAAUAUAUACUGAAAUUUGCUAAAA